AUGGAGUCGCAAACCGAAUCCGACAGUCUCACCCAAGCCGAGGAUGCUCCCAAACCCGGCAAGCCCGCCAAACCACAGCGUCGCCCAGUCCCCGACGACGUCGCCCGCGGCGCAAUUGUAUGGCUGCCCGGAAUGCGAUUCAUAAACAAGAAGCGGCUUGUCCAGCACCUCCCGCUGCAGAUCUUCGACCAUCCGGUCCUAAUUUACAACAAGUCAAACCAAACCAUGGUAAAUGUUUUCCUGAUCACAUCCUUCAAAGAGGGCGAAUCCCUCGUCGGCAAGUUCCAACACCAGGCCGACUUUCGCAGCCGCCAGAUCCCGCUGGCCCCUGCCCCACCGCACCCCGACAACGGAAUGCAGCUCACUCUGGCCGGUGGGCGGGUAUGGCCGCGGGAAUCCUACAUCAGCUUGAGCUUGUUCACGGUGCCGAUCAAGGUCAUGCGGGAAGAGAGCAGCGGCCCUUGGGCCCUCAGCCCCGAUUCUCUCAGAGCCCUGGACGAGAUGGUCGCGGCGCUCCCAUCUACCCGUAUCUAG